UGUUCCUCGGUCCAGUAGUGUCCUCACCACAGCUGGUUUCACCGGCUGUCGUCUCUCCCUGGCACCCCCAUCUUUAGUGUCUGCAGUCUCUGGUCAUCUCCUGUACUAUGUAUGCAGUCUCUGGUCAUCUCCUGUAGCACAUCUGCAGUCUCUGGUCAUCUCCUGUACUGUGUCUGCAGUCUUUGGUCAUCUCCCGUAGUAUGUCUGCAGUCUCAGGUCAUCUCCUGUACUAUGUCUGCAGUCUGUGGUCAUCUCCUGUACUAUGUCUGCAGUCUCUGGUCAUCUCCUGUAGUGCAUCCACAGUCUCUCUGGUCAUCUCCUGUACUAUGUCUGCAGUCUCUGGUCAUCUCCUGUACUAUGUCUGCAGUCUCUGGUCAUCUCCUGUGCUAUGUCUGCAGUCUCUGGUCAUCUCCUGUAGUGCAUCCGCAGUCUCUGGUCAUCUCCUGUACUAUGUCUGCAGUCUCUGGUCAUUUCCUGUACUAUGUCUGCAGUCCAUUGGUUCAGAAUAUGUUUUACUUGUUUUCCUCCUCU